AUGCCGGUUAUCAGCAUUUCUCUCCUCACGAACUGUCAUGCUGACAGACACUGAUGAUCAGUGUGCCCUGAUGAUCUGUGUAGCCCCAGCAGUGCCACCUGUCAGUGUCUAUCAGUGCCAGCUAUUAGUGCCACAUCAAUGCCACAUAUCAGUGCCUACCAGUGCACAUCAGUGCCCAUCUGAGCUGCCUUUCAGUGUUACCUAUCAGUGCCAGUCAGUGCCACCUAUCAGUGCUACUAAUCAGUGCCCGACAGUGCCGCCUAUCAGUGCCACCUAUCAGUGUCAUAUGAGUGCUGCCUUUCAGUGCCCAUCAGUGAUGCCUGUCAAUGCCCAUCAGUGCCACCUAUCAGUGCCCAUCACUGCAGCCUCAUUAGUGCACAUCAGUGAAGGAAAAAAAUCACUUAUUUACAAAAUUUUAUAA